UACUCAUCUAGUGUAGAGAAUCUGAGAAUGAGAAGAUUGACAUAUCCUUUCACUUCGGUGAGGAAUAUCGUCGAACACUUUCACUGCAACUCCUUCCACAAACCAAUCUCUUCCCUUUCAAUCUUCCCAAAUCAUCGCAAACCCGAAUCACGAGAAGCUUCUUUAACCCAAGACCCGUAUUCACUACUCAAGCAAGAUCCCGUCGAUAUCUGUCUCUCCCUCUGGGUCAAAUCAUUCUCUUCUCCUCCUUCUGCUACUUUUUCCAACCUCACUGGUUUUCUCUCCAAAUUCGAUUUAUGGGUCUUAGCUUAUCAACGAACUUGUGCUCAUGUCACCGGAACUUUCCCACCGCGCAAUGCUAUUCAUGCCAAUGCCCUCCGUUCGCUUCUCUCACUCCAAAACGCCGUUACACGUUCCGGUGGCAAAUUCCGGUGGAACGAUAAGAUGAACCAGUACCUGAGGAGCCCGAAGGAUAAAUUGUCGGCGAAUAGUGGAGAGGGUAUGUCGAAAGGGAAUGUAAGGAGGAUAAUUGAGUCGGAAGAACCAAUUUUUCAGGAUCGGGUGGUUCAUGAGGUUCUAUUGAUGAUUCUUGAACCUUUCUUUGAAGCUAGGUUUUCGAGUAAGUGUCAUGGGUUUAGACCAGGUAGGAAUCCACAUACAGUGAUUAGAACUAUCAGAAGUAAUUUUGCUGGGUACUUGUGGUUUAUGAAAGGUGAUGUUAGUGAAAUGUUGGAUCAUGUGGAUGUUGAUGUAGUGAUGAAUUGUCUUCAAAAGGUUGUCAAGGAUAGGAAAGUUCUCGGUUUGAUCGAAUCUUCUUUGAGAUUGUCUGAUAAGAGAGUGUUAAAAAGGGUUGUUGAGAAAAAUGGCAAUGGCAAUGGAUUGGGGGAGAAAAGGAGGAUCGAACGUGAAAAGAGAAACAAGACGAAAAAGAAGAUUUUGAGUGAUGAUGAGCCGAAACCGGAUCCUUAUUGGUUGAGGACUUUCUAUAGUUUUGCUCCUAAGGAAGCUGCAAAGGUGCCUUCUUAUGGCUAUUGUGGCAUAUUGAGUCCUAUGCUUGCUAAUGUAUGUCUUAAUGAGUUGGAUCGUUUUAUGGAAGAGAAGAUAGUUGAGUAUUUUAGACCUUGUAAAGAUGAUUCAAUAUGGAAGGAGUCUAUUGAAGAUGGUUGCCAUAACCCAGCAUGGCCGGAGUUUGUUCCAUCUAGUGGGAAGGAGAAAACUAGGAAAAUGGAUUACAUUAGGUAUGGAGGCCAUUUUCUGAUUGGCAUUAGAGGGCCUAGAGAGGAUGCAGUAAAGAUGCGGAAGGAAAUAAUUGAUUUUUGCGAUAGAGUUUUUGGUUUGAGAUUGGAUAAUUCAAAGUUAGAGAUUGAACAUAUAAGCAGGGGUAUUCAGUUUCUUGACCACAUAAUUUGCCGAAGAGUUAUUUACCCUACUCUCCGUUAUACAGGAAGCGGAGGCAGCAUUGUGAGCAAAAAGGGUGUGGGAACUUUGCUGUCUGUGUCUGCUAGUUUAGAACAAUGUAUCCGCCAAUUUAGGCGGCUAGCUUUUGUUAAAGGUGACAAAGAUCCCGAGCCUUUACCUUGUAACCCAAUGCUUUAUUCAAGCCAGUCUCAUAGUAACUCUCAGAUGAAUAAGUUUCUUGAAACAAUGGCUGAUUGGUACAAAUAUGCAGACAAUCGCAAGAAGGCUGUUGGAUUCUGUGCUUAUGUAAUUAGAAGCUCCUUGGCUAAAUUGUACGCUGCUAGAUAUAGACUUAAAUCUCGUGCCAAAGUGUACAGCAUAGCCUCACGGGAUCUUAGCCAUCCAUUAAGCGAGAGCAGCAAUAAUUCUGCACCUGAAUACUCUGAUCUUCUGAGAAUGGGACUUGUCGAUGCUAUAGAAGGAGUUCAAUUUUCUCGCAUGUCUUUGAUUCCAUCCUGUGAUUAUACUCCAUUCCCCAGGAAUUGGAUCCCAAAUCAUGAGCAAGUUUUGCAGGAGUACAUCAAGCUACAAGACCCUAAAUUCUUCUGUGAGUUGCAUAGGUCAAUAAAACAGAAGGGUCUAACCUUGCCUCAGGAUGAGAUCUCAGAGGUUGUGUGGGAUUUUAAGACUCUUGGUGCUUGGAGGUCAAAGUAUGGCAGCAAUGGUGAAGCGGGUGAUGGGUUGGAGAAAUUAGAAUUACCACCAUGAUUAUUUACCAUUACCUCUUUUAAAGAUUUAGUGGUUUGGUAGAAGGAUCUUGAUACACCAGAACAGAGACAUACUGAGAGCUUCAGCUGGCAGUUUCUUCACGAUUCUUUUGGUUCCCUUCGCAAGAGACCCCGAUUUUGGGUUCUGGCUUCCCUACCCAGCAAACAUUGAACUUGGUAAUCUAACUCUAUACAUUGUCUCAUUUCAUUGAUAUUUUCCCAGAUGUGAGUAUUUACUGACGUAUGUUAUGUAAAAAACUUAAGAAAAGGUGCAUAUGCAU